AUGGCUGAGAAAACCAACCAGGCCUAUCCCUUGGCACCGGCAAAUGGUUACCAGAGAAGUGAUGCAGAGUCUUUGCAAUCAACCGAUGAGCUCAAACGCAAGAAGAGAAUCAAGUUGGCCAUUUAUGUCGGUGUUUUCAUUGUGUUUCAGAUUAUUAUCAUAACUGUGAUCAGUCUCACUGUCAUGAAAGUUAAGACCCCUAAGGUCAGGCUAGGCAACAUCGACGUCCAAGAACUCAAUUCCGUCCCGGCGACACCUUCAUUCGACACAAAAUUCACAACCCAAAUCAAGGUGAAAAACACAAACUCGGGUCCUUACAAGUUUGAUGCUAACACUGUCACGUUUUUGUACCAAGGCGCGGCUGUUGGGCAAGUAGUUUUUCCAAAGACUAUGGCUGGAAUGCUUUCCACCAAAAAAAUGAAUGUCGAGGUGAGCUUGAGUUCGAGUGCAUUAAGCGGUUCCAAUCUUGGCAGUGAAUUGAGCAGCGGGGUAUUGACCCUCAACAGUGCGGCUAAGGUGACUGGAAAGGUUGAACUGAUGCUUAUAAUGAAGAAGAAGAAGUCUUCCACCAUGGACUGCACCAUUGCAUUUGAUCUGUCAGCCAAGACGCUCAAAAGUUUGCAAUGCAAGUGA